CGCAUCUCGACAUUGUUCUUGGUGGAAAGCAGUCACCCUCUUCUACAGCUCUCAUUCCCUUAAAGGUCCUUACCAAGGGCAUCAAAUCCUUGCGGUUGAGGCCGGACCGCUCUGCUGGGAAAGUGUCGAAAACCUGCGGACUUGAUGGGCAAAGACGAAGACACAGUGCGCCUGGGCGUCUACGAGAUGAGCGAUUCCGAUAGUUCCUCCUCGAUAAUGGAGAAGGAAAUCGAUACCCUGUUGCACCAUGGCGAGGAGGAGGUAGCCAUGGAAGACGAGCACCGAAGCACCAUAGCUCGGCUCUUCACAUAUUGUCAUGGCUUAUGGCGUACCAGCAGUACGCGGCGGGUGGUCAUUGCCUGCGUGUUGGCCGUCCUGUUCAUAGUCGGAAUUUCGAGCACCACAGUGGCGGUCAAAGGCAAUUCACCAUCACAUAUACCCUUCUCAUCUCGGUAUUGGUCGAGGAUCGCCAAACCACGGAAGCCGGAACCUUUCUUCCAUUCUCUCUAUGAGAAGAACCUUGCCGCCCAAGCACAAUUCCCUUCUUACCUCGAACCGGCCCUACAGAGCGACUUCUGCUCCAUUUGCGAUUGCCAAGCAGCUCCUUCCUAUUACUCUCCCAGCAUUGAGAUUCAGAUCACCUCGGGCUUCCCUCCACGCCCACUCGACAAAGACGUCCACCCUACUUCCGACACAGUGGAUGUUAACGAGUACGUUCGCCGCGCGAUACUCGACAUCUACUGUGCUCGGCAACAUUUGACGAAGGAUCAGGGCCUGACCCUUGUCCGUCGGACUUCAACACACCUCAACGAGAUGAUGAGCUGGUCGUUGGCUGGGCUGGACGUUGGCAAGCCCACCAUCUACAUGACGACGGUUACGAGUCCCAAUGGGAAGGCUGGUCCUGUGCGGCCGCAGUACUUUCGGCGCCACGGACGUACGAUUCGGUCGUGGAUGGUCCAGCAGGAGGAACGCCUCCUGCAAUCGAAAGAUGAGUGGGAGUCAAAGAAGUUGGAGGGCGACACCCGGGAUUGGCAGGUCGUCUGGGUCAUUGCUGAGGAUGAGACUGAGCUCGAUCCCGCGGUGAUCCGAACACUGCAGCGGACGGGAGUGCCCUACGUCUACUUUGCCUAUGGGCGGACAAAGUCAUGGGGCAAUGCACAGAAGAACGCUGUGUUGCAGAUGGUGUAUGCGCUCUCGCGCCAAGGCGUAGGCGGACUUUACGGUCACGGUCCCGUGUACGGCCUUGAUGACGACAACAAGAUCCUGCCAGAACUGCUGAACAAAAUCACGCAGGUCGUUCGCGUCGGUGUCGUUCCCGUGGGCAACCUUGGCUUCUGGGGCUGGGAGACUCCCGACGUCGACAAGGAGCUAGGAGAGGUCACGCACCCGGGCAACCAUAUCGGAACCUUCGAUUAUGGGGGGUUUGCGUUCAAUUCCUCCCUGCUCGGCACCGCCAUUAGCGGGCCAAGCUUCUGGAAGUGGACUGAGCAUGCCGGAGAAAGGGAAUUUCUGGAACAGUUUGCGACUAACAUGCGUUCAUUCGAGCCUCUUUGUGAUAGGAAGGGUGAGCAGACGUGUCAUCUAGCAUGGCACAACGAGGAGCUGACUGAGGUGGAGAAAAUGACUGACGAGGAGGAAAUCGCUUAUGUGCACCAGUAUGGCGUUGAUAAGUUGUUCAAAGAGCUUGGCUUUGCGAAAGUUGGGGACGAUGAUAAGAAGAAACCAAGUACAUGA